GAGCUUUGAGAUUUCUUCAGGCAGCAAGAGAAAGAUGAGCGAGACGAGACCCGUGCCGAGGAGAGAGAGUCCAUGGGGUUUACCGGAAGGUCACCGUGAGCCCAAAGCUCACCGCUGCAACGAUCGUGUCGAGGAUGUUGUCCAGGCGAUUUUCGAGGGAAACCCGUUUAAGACGGUUCCAGGACCUUUUAAACUCUUCUACAGAUGCAUGCGCUCUAAGCCAGGAGAGGAACCAACCGAGCCGUUCACAUACCUGGACUUGGAACCUCCAAAGAGAGAAGUUAAACUUGAGUAAAGUGAUAUUCACUCCCCUUUUCUCUUUUUCCUUCCAACUAUUUAGCUGAGCAUGUAAGCGUCAUGAUUGUGAUUGUGAAGUUUCCCUUCAAUAUGUAUCAACAUCUUAUUUUAUCAUAAUCCCAAUUAAACUGAUACUUGGAGUUCCAUUUCAGUUUUAUCUUUUGAUA